UCAGCGGACAAUGAUACAAAUAACAUCUAGAGAGCGAGCUAUUUGAACGAUUUAUUAUUUCGUUGAUGCGCGUGUCCGAGAAAAGCCCGUUUCCCCCUGUACAAUUUGGAGUGCGCGCUCCCGCCGUAAGUUUUGAUCACUUCUGCACCGGAGGAAGGUCGAGACUCCGCACAUUUCCUAACGGAGGAUGACGCUCUCCUGCCUGAUGGCUGCGGAGUUGGCUCUGUAUGCGAGCUGUUUCGUAUGUGGGAUCGUAACAGCCGCAUCACUCGCCAUCACACAGGGUAAUCUCGGCGGUCUGUGCAUGCUGUAUGGCACGGUGGAUUUCAACAACCUGACCCAAACCAUCACAGCCACUGUGUCCAGCCCAGCGUCCCUGUGCUACUUUGUGUCGGCCAUUUCUGUGAUUGUCGCGGUCACCUGCUUCACCCUGUCACUGUACUGGCUCUACUCCUGCUGUAUCGAUGGAAGCAUGCAAAGGACGCGUGUGUGGACGACCCUCACCCUGGGUCUGUGUGGGGUCUUCCUCUUCUUCCUCCUCAUCUCCGGCUGCAUUCUGAAGAUCGGCCGCGACUCCCUCUGCAGCUCCAUCGUGAAGGCUGUGGACAAGAUCACCAGCUGUGAGCAGGCCCAGGGGGCCACAUGGGCCACUGCGUUUGACGGACACCAGUUCUACAUCAGACUACACAAUGCUGAGACGGCGGUGUGGGUGAACUUCUUCCUUUGGAUCAUUGCCGGCGGCCUGCUGGUCUUCCAGAUUUGCCUGGACCGUAGCCCCACGGCGGUGGAAGGGUUUGGGGGCGGGGCCGGGAGCGGGUUUGGGGGCGGGGCCGGGGGCGGGUCAGCCGGAGAAAACAAACCGCUGUUCAGUCACGAACCCUCCCAGAAUAACCAUCACACACCCACAGGAGACUUUUAUGACUAAAGAAGUCUUACCAAAGUCCGGACGCAUGGUGACUUCUUUAUUGUUUGCCUAACCAAGUGUAUUUCUGCCUGACUCCUAGGACGGUUCACCCAUAUUCAGUUACCUUUUUUUUGUAACUGAAAAUGGAUGUGUGUUUCUGGCGAUCUUUUUGAAACUGGUUAUUUUCUAGGUGUUCCCACAAAAUAGAUUCUCUUCUAUUGGGGUAUUCUAGAACAGAAGACAUUUCGUGUAUCUCUUUAAUUUCAAAUAAGAUAGAAAAAAGUACUGCUAGCCACUCCUACCAGCACAGACAAAGUUCUGACCAAUUGUAUUUAAAAUGUAUUUUGUGUUCUAUUCUAUUCUAUAUUAAGAGUUGUUAACUGUGAAAUUGUAAUAAAAUAUGAUGCUAAAAUAAU